AUGUCGGAUUGCACAACGUCUGACUCUGUGACAACUUGUAAAAGAAAGAGGAAUACCGACAAUGACAGGUCACAAGAAGACCCAAAAGUUGCCAAAUGUGAUCCAGUACACCCACACAAUAGAUCCAACGUGAAGUGGGAAACUAUUCGAGCUGAGAAUCUGGCGUGCGACAUGGUAGCGAUGUACGGGAAAACUGAAGCAGACGCUCUUUUGGAGGAAUGCGAAAAAACACUGACCUAUAAUUCGGGCCAACUGUCAAAAAUUAGGGUCUUCGGCAAAUGGCAUUCUAUUCCAAGAAAACAGGUUGCCCAUGGUGAUCCUGGUCUAAGCUAUUCAUUUUCUGGAACUACUGUCCCGGCUUAUCCAUGGAUUCCACUGCUGUUGAGAAUACGAGAUAAAAUUACUGAUCUCACUGGAUACAACUUCAACUUUGUUCUUAUUAACAGGUAUCAGGAUGGAAAUGAUUACAUAGGAGAACAUAAAGAUGACGAAGUGGAUCUGAUAGCAGGUCACCCCAUUGCGUCGCUGUCAUUAGGUCAGGCCAGGGACUUUGUCUUCAGACACCAGGAUACGAGGGGAAAGAAAGCAUCACGCUGUGUAGAUCCUGUCACAAUUGAACUGCAACAUGGGACCUUGUUGAUGAUGAAAUACCCUACCAAUAGUUACUGGUAUCACUCUGUGCCUCGACGGAAGAAACUUACAGGAGUGAGAAUUAAUAUGACUUUCAGGAAAAUGGACCCAUCAAAAUGCAAGAAAAUUGAACAGCACAAUUUAUCAUAAUGAUACAUAUCCAUUGCUUGUGGUCAUGGAAGUGUCCAUGCCCUAUUUGGUUCUGAAUAAUAUCUAAGUUUGUACAAGUCAUAAAAAUACCACAUAAUAAUAAUUUUAGUACUAGUGCUGAUAAUGGCAGCAGUUAUGAAUUUAUGUAUUUAUCAGCACAGUUGAUACAGUACUGGAGAGGUUGUAUUUAUCUGUUAAGUAACUUUCUUAUGAUCAGCAAAAAAACCCACCCCAACACAUUACCAUUAUGUUUAUAAUCAUUCCUCAGAAAAGCUAUACUGUGAUAUGUUUUCCAUCAUGAAGAAUCAGGACACUUACACAUGCAUGUAUUCCACUUUCAUUUGCUUCUUUAGCCACUGGUGUUUAGGUAUUAUUUCCACAACUCUAUUUUAGUGUUUGCUAAUCCAUAGAACUAUAUACCAAGCUGUGAAUUUAGCAGGAUUUUGGUCUUCCAUAAAUCCCACAUUUUAGGUGAGCAGUGUAAGAAUACGUGAUAGAAAUUCAAAAGAUCUGUAUUACAUAAUGUUUACAAUUCCAGUGGAAUCCUUAAAAGGAAAUCCAAAAAUCAGUGCAUUAAUACAAUGUAUAUAAAUUCAAUUAACUAAAAUAACAAAAUAUGUUUUUUUAAUCUGCACCAAGUUGAAUAUUCAUUAUUAUCAUAUUUUUCACAUUCAGAUCUUUCCAUCCAUGACUUGGCAGCCUAUACCAUUAUAAUAGUUAUAUGCUAUAAAAUUUUAUAUGUAUAUUAAUGUUAGUACUUUUGUUAAAUAAAUACAUAUUAUUACUUUCUCAUUGUUGUCUUAGGUAAAUCCUUAUUUGCAUUACUACAAAACAUGUAAUGGUUUUGCUAUCCAGUAUCUGAAAUACCUAUUACCUAUAAAUUUAAAUAUAUUUAACAAUUUCGAAUAUAUACUUGCAGAAAAAUGAAGCAACAUAGUAUGUUCAACUAUUACAGCUAAAUACAGUAAAUAAAUGAAAAGACCCUUCUCAAUAAAUUUGUUUUCUCUUUUCAUUUAUU